CAUUUUUAGUUUUGAAGUAAAAAAAAAGUUCACGAAUCGUGAGUAAAUGUCAACUUAUUCCCCUACAAACCACAGCUGGUUCUUAUGACCUGUUAAUUCUAUGCUGGCCUCCAUCUUUAUCGGUGGUACGCAAUGGUAAAGGCCAUGGUUGGAGGCUGUUGUGUUUGCUCGGAUGAGCGAGGAUGGGACGAAAACCCUUUAGUGUAUUGUGAUGGACAUGGCUGUAAUGUGGCUGUACAUCAAGCUUGCUAUGGAAUUGUUCAAGUGCCGAAAGGACCUUGGUUUUGUCGAAAGUGUGAAUCCCAAGAAAGGAUUGCACGAGUGAAGUGUGAGUUAUGUCCUUCAAAGACUGGUGCAUUGAAAAGAACAGAUACAGGGGGUUGGGCCCAUGUAGUAUGUGCACUAUACAUCCCUGAAGUUCGUUUUGGUAAUGUGACCACAAUGGAGCCCAUUAUUUUAGCAUCAGUUCCACAUGAUAGAUACCUCAAGAUGUGUUAUAUAUGUGAAGAAAGAGGUAAAGAAAGCAAAACAGCACAUGGUGGGUGUAUGAACUGCAAUAAACAAGGAUGUAAACAGACCUUCCAUGUUACCUGCGCUCAGAGUCGUGGUUUUCUUUGUGAAGAAAAUGACGGACAGUCUGGUCAUACUGUCAAGUAUGUUGGGUAUUGUCAGUUUCAUUGGAAUAAGAGGAACAAAGGUCUGUUAAACAUCAAGACACCAGAAAAGGAGAAACUGAAACUAAAGUGGGAAAAAGAAAAGAAACCAAAGCCACGAACAUCCAGUGAGAGUCAGCCAUCAGGCUCCCAACCUCAGAAGCCAGACUCCACCCCAAAGUCUUCACCUAUUUCCUCAUCCUCUACCUGCAUGCCAAGCACAGCACCAGUUCCUUCUUCACCUGGGGCACCCCUUCCAGGAACACCCAAACAGAGAGGUCGCAAACCAUCAACUGUAAAGACUCUUCCUGGAAAUGCCAGUGGAAGUGGUACUAGUAGUUCAGUCAAUGAAAUCCAAGCAGAAAUUAGCCAAGAACAAGAAAGACCAGGGGUUGUAUUGAGCUCACCUACAGUUAGUACAGCAGCAUCUCCUGUACCAAGUACUGCAGUAGCAAACUUAAUAAAUAACCUAACGAUUAGCUCUUCAAGUACCACAACUGGAAUUACUGAGUCAAUAUUUGCUCCUAUACCUACAACAGCUCCUAAAAAUGGAGGCCAAAUUUCUUCAAAAAACAAUUUACCAGUGACAUCCAACAGUAUAGCUCAGCCCACUCCUACCCCACCCCCUGUUAGUGCCCCCAUACCAAAAACAGUGACACAACCUAAACCAGCAGUAAUUAAAAAAUCAGUAAACCAGACAAAAAACACACAGGGUCCAAGAAAACGAGCAAGUAGUAAAACAGAGGAUGAGCCGAAACGAAAGGUUGGAAGACCACCUUUAAAGAACAAAGGAGCAGAAUCUAAAUCAAAGCUAUCUCGACCAGCCUCCACACCAAAGCUAUCUCGACCAGCCUCCACUCCUAGGCAAUCUAAAUCUAAAUCGCAAAACAAAAGCCAAGAGGCAAAGAGACCAGUCAUCACCUCUCCAACUCCAGUUAAUCUAAGUUCAAGUUAUCCUGGAUAUCCCAUGAGUAGUAUGGCAGAAAUGUCUUCUUCUAGUCUAGUAUCUGUAUCUAGUGGUAUGCCACCAGCUAGCAGCCAUGGAGUAACUCCAUACGUAAUCCCUCAACCACAUCUUGCAGGGCAGCUAGAGAAUGGCUAUAGCACACAGGAGUCAAAUAGACAAACCACCAAUGGGCCCUUGCAACUCCCUAACAGUUUAGAACAGUUACUAGAGUACCAGUGGGAACAAGGUGCUCAGUUCCUGAUGCAGCAGGCCUCACAAUACGAUGUUGCGUCUUUAAUGUCAAGUCUACAUCAACUAAAGGCUGACAAUACUCGACUUGAGAGUCGCCUGGAGUCUCUGAUGUCAAGAAGAAGUCAGCUCUUGCAAGUCAGUUCUCGUUUAGCAGCACCUAUGUCUUGUACUCCAACAAAUACUUCAACUACAAAUACAGAUACCUCCAACAAGGAACCCACAGGGACUAGGACGACAUUUAGUGUUACUCAGUCCAUACCUACUGCUACUUCAACGAGGACAUCGGCUGUAUCGACCAGUGGUGGAUCUACGUCAGUUAGUGUUUCAAUAGAAAAGUCUUCACCAUCAGUAUCUAAACCAGAACCCAUAAAAGCUGCACCAAAGAGUCAAACUCCACCUUCAUCAACCAAUAGCAUAUCAGAAAAUAAGCCCACAUCAGCCAAGACAAAGAACGACAAAAGCAAGUCUCCACCAAUAAAAGUCACUAUGACUCCCCAAAAUAUGAGUGGAACUUUGCUGACAGUUCCUAUAACAUCGAAAAUGGUGGCACAAAAGUCUGUAAAUCUUCAGCCAAGUCAAAUCAAAGUUAGCAUGGUAAAGCCUCGUGUUACGCAAGGUGUUGCUGAUAAGGAUAAACUCAAGAUUGUUUCAACUGCUCCUCCGAUAGCCAUCCUGCCAACACUCACGAGUCCACUGGUACAGAAACAGCAGUUGCAGCUGCUGCAACCUCAAACCAAACAAAUGACACAGAACAAGACCAGUAAACAGCCGCAUAUCCUUCCCCAUCAGACGCUCACAUCUCAAGCAUUCGCCGCACAACAGUUCCCACAGCAACAGCAGUUUGUAUUGCUGAUGCAACAGCAGCAACACCUCCAGCAACAUCUGCAGCGGCAGGCCCAAGGUGCCUAUCAGUCAGGUCAGAACCAAUUAGUAUCCUCCCAAGCCCAAAGUAGUAAGGGAACCGCAUCACAGAAAUUUGUUCCUACACCGAUGUCCCUUGGAUAUCAGGGCGGUUUUGUUACCAUAAGUGAUGGAUUAGGUAUUGCUGGACAGCCUAUUGAUGUAUCUAAAGGUUUCGCGACCUUGCCCUUGGUACAACUGGAGAAAAACAAGGCGAACGAUCACUCGGAUAAGAAUGGAACAACAUCCACCAGUGAUAAAUCUUUAUUGAAAAACUCGUAAAAUAAGGAUAGCAGCAUUUAUCACUUAUCCAAGAAUCUCGUUUGUAAACAUCUGUAAAGAAGAUGAAAAGAUUCCUAAGCGGGGUAUUAGCCAUUGAAGCAGUAGCCUCGCAAGUACAGUGCCCUUUGAGUGGACAGCAUCAGGUUUAUUAGCUUGGAUAUCGAGAGCUACUGCCAAGUAGACGUUUCAUACGCUUUUAGACGAAAGGCUUUAGCCCUGGAGCUCAAUACGUUUUACAGCGUGUUGGCUUAACUCGGCUUUGCAAAGGUUUUGCGAUAGGAAAGAUGGGAACUUAAUGUUCGCUGACGACGUUUCAUACAAAAUCAUAAACUGUUGAACAUAAAAUGCUUGUGCGGUGGAGUUCAAUGAACUUUGAAGCAUCUUUGCUGAACUCGGCCUUACAAGGUUUUUUUUAACUUAGGAAAGUGAAGACAUCGUUCGAUGACGAUGUAGUCGUUCCAUACGAGACCAUAAGCUGUUACACAAGAGGUUUGGCCAUGGAGUUCAAUGAAAUUUGAAGUAUCUUUGCUGAACUCGGCCUUACUAGGUUUUUUUUAACAUAGGAAAGAGUAGACAUCACUCGAUGACCACGUAGUCGUUCUAUACGAGACCAUAAGCUGUUACACAAGAGGUUUGGCCAUGGAGUUCAAUGAACUUUGAAGCAUCUUUGCUGAACUCGGCCUUACUAGGUUUUUUUUAACAUAGGAAAGUGAAGACAUCACUCGAUGACCACGUAGUCGUUCU